GAAGGUGGAGGGGAAGGUUUUGGAUAGUUAAUUGGCGGUGGUUUUGCUGGUUGACAUGUACAUUUGGUGAUAGUACAACGUUCCUUCAAAGGUCAAAGACUAUUUCGUCAUACAUCUAUACAUUUCCAAUAGACUUUCGUCCUGGAUCUUUUCAGCCAUUGCACGCAUUGGGAGGACAGUCUACACGUCCAAAAUUUCAACGUUACGGUGGUGUUUAAAAUUUUCUUGAACAAAAUUAAGGUUGCAUUUGAUGUAAGAUGGCAUGGUUUCUUGGUGCAGGAGGGGUAGCGGCUCUGGCAGGUGUUAUUAUUGCUAACUGGGAUUGGUACAAGAACAGUCCAAGACCUGAUUUAGCGUACUUGAGUUCCAUUAAACUGAAGGCAUUAGAUGGUACUGGUAAAGAAGUGAUGGCAUCUGAGCUGUGGAGCAAAGCUGGAGCAGUCAUAAUGGUGGUCAGAAGGCCAGGAUGACAGAUGUGCAGAGAGGAAGCCCUGGAGCUUGCCUCUCUGAAACCUGAACUAGACCAGAUGGGUGUAAACCUUGUAGGCGUGGUUCAUGAACAAAAAGGAGUGAAGGAGUUCCAACCUUACCUCAAUGCUUCAAUUUAUUUUGAUGAAAAGAAAAAGUUCUAUGGUCCUGAACAAAGGUGGAUGUUUUUAAGUGGUUUUUUACGCUAUAGUGUGUGGAAGUCGAUUUUCCGAUCAAAGAGCAAGGGUGUUGAAGGCAACUUUGUUGGAGAAGGACGGAUACUGGGUGGAGUGUUUGUAGUAGGACCUGGAGAGCAAGGAAUUCUACUUGAUCAUAAAGAAAAAGAGUUUGGUGAUAAGGUUGACCUUAAAGAUGUUCGAGAUGCUAUUUUGAGAAUGAAGUCAAGUAAUUAGAGACAAAGGAAA